GCGCAGAUUCAUUUAGGACAGAGGAGUAUAUAAAGGGAUAAGUGAUUCAACUCGCCAUCACUUUGCAGUUAGCGCUACAGUUGCAGUCAUGAAGACUCUGAUCGCCGUGUUAUUGGUCGCCUUCGUGGCAGCAGAGCAGAAGCGUGAGGCUGAGCCUUCCUAUGGGCUCCACUACCCCCUUACCUACCCUUAUGGUGUAGGCCUAGGCAGUAUCUACGGGCUCUACCCAUAUGGCAGUCACUCCUUCCUCAGUACCCGCAGCCAUGUCCUUCACAAGCGCGACGCCGAAGCCGAUCCUGGCUACCUUUUGGGAGGAGGUCUUGGCCUUGGUAGUCCCUAUGGCUAUGGCCUCACUUAUGGCCUUGGUCGAGGUUAUGGCUUUGGAUAUCCAUUAGGUCACGUCUCCUACCACACCGCCAGCCACUCUAUCGGCAAGCGUGAGGCUGAACCUAGCUUCGGCCACGGCCUUCUUAGCCACGGAGCAUCAUACGGCUACACCCCCUCUCUCCUCUAUCCAGGGGUCGCCCAUUCCUACCAAUACAAUCGCGCUUUUACUCCACUUAUCUACGGAUAGUGAUAAUAUUGUUCUUCAUCUGAAUAUGAUUGAAUGAAAUACAUUGUAAGAAGUCUGCACAUUGAUGUUUUAAGCACAUUAAUAUCAGCAUUUCAUUAAAGUUGCUAUUAACUACAA